AUAGAAUGGCCUCAGGAUGACAAGCUGGAUCCUAACUCGAAAAUCCCAGCAGGAACCACCAUAGGUGUGUACUUCUCGACAAACUGUUGUAUUAGACAAUUUUCUUGGUUGCUAUGCAAUUUCAAUUUGAAAAUUGAAGCCGAUAGAAAAAAAUAAACGAUGUGCUGUUCCGAACUCACUCUGAGUUAAAUUCAAAUUAGGAAAAGGCGAUUGAAAAUUGACAUACGUAAGUCAGGUUUGAAAUGUCUUAAAUCAUUAAUUUUUCUCAGUCCUAAAGUAAUUAGAACCCCUAACUUCCCCAACGAUAGCCUGCGUCGAAAUCCCCGAUAUACACUACGUUUUGAAGUCUAGCUGUCGACUAGCAGGUCCGGCUACAAUGCAGGCUACAGCAAUGAGUGAUUAAUUUAUUCUUGGCAGUAUAUUAUAUGCUUAUUUAUGUGGUCUCAUCCUUUUUUUUUCAGAAAGUUGCUUUUUGGCGACCAAUAUUUGGAAAAAAAAGUAGGGAAAAAAUUCGGUCGGAAAAAAUGAGGGGUGGGGUUUUGUGGGGUGGGGAGGGGAGGUGGAUCAAUGAAACAGGAUACAAUGUCUUACCUUUCUUGAAUGUAUCACUGCAUUGUUUUGAUGAGCAGAACUGAAGCAGUUUUGCCCUCUUCCCAAAGUAAUACCUACUGUUGUUGUUGUUGUUUGGUUUGGGUUGUUUGUUUGUUUUUUCUUUUUCGCAAAGUUGAUUGCAAAACUGCCGUUCGUCUUGUCUUUUAAAUGUUUCUAUAUAUACUACCUCCUUUGGACGAUGUUGUGGCGUGUCCCUUUCUUUAUGUUUCUCCGUAUGUCAAUUGGUUUGCAUAAUAUUAGUCGUCCUCUUCUUUAAGUUUCUCUCUGUGUUAGUUAGGCCUAGGCCAAACGUCGAACCACUUCGGUGGAUUCCUUCAACAGUCCCAGAAGUUAGAACUGCUGUACAAAACUUCAUUAUUAUUUCACUUGGGUGGUACACGUAGGUGUGAACGGGUUAAUACAUGUUUCACUGUAACACUUGUUAAGAAAUAUAGCCUACUGUGAGCCAUGGUGGCUUCACUGCCAUCUGAGAAACUUAGUGGCAACUUUAAACAUCGUUUAAAAACGAUGUAUUUGCCAUUUCUUAAUCAGGUGCCAUGAAAGUGGACAUUUUAAACGGAAAGGGUGAAUCUGUGAACAAACUGCCUGGUGACAGAAGAAGAUUGUUGGUAGAGUUAAAGGUCAUUUGGCAUGGUAAGAGAUAAAUGCUUUACAUUGUAAGGAGAAGCACAUGAUUUGUGACGGGCUCGUAGUAUGCAUUGCUGGAUGCUCGUAGCAAUAAGCUUUCCUCUGUUUUAAUCAAGUGUUGACAAAAAGUUAGGUCUCCAUUCGCACAAAAUACCUCUCUCAAGAGUUAAGAAAUUUGUGUUUGUACUUGUUACUUUUACUUGUUUGUUAUGGCCAUUGUUUCUAAUGUUACUCUUCCGUUGAAGAAGUUAGAGUCCUCCCCCGAUCGCUAAUGAUAAAAUUCCUAACAUUUGAUAACCUGUUUUCGUUACUACGACAUUCUCGCUAAAACUCGUAAUAGAAUGACGAUUGCUACCACUUUUUCCCCGCCAAAAUGAUGUUGGUUCGCGCGCGCGCACUACUUAGUAUUGAGAAAAUCUCAUUCUCUUAGCCGUCCUCGUCUUAGAAUCUAAAACUCUCCAUUGUUAUCAUUCAAAAAGGAUCGUUAUUGUUAUUUAUUUACGUAUUUUUUGCAGGAAGUGACAAAGAUGGAGAUAAAGUAAUCACUAAUCAUGUCUGUCAACAUGGAGGAAAGAGCUGGCCAUACUGGUUCAGAAAAAUGGGUAACUGAGUUAGUCUGCUGCUAUCUGUGCUAUGAGAUUUAUUGUUUUAAUGCAGUGGAUAGGGCUAUCCAGUGUUUGAACAACUUGGGCCUGUUGAAAACAGUGUUUGAAUUUACCUGUUCUUGCUGUCAUUUCAGAAAAUAUUACCCUCCUUGGCCCACACACUCUUCAGCUUCAAGUGUUACUGAGUGACAGUUCAACUGCACCAUCAAUUAAGAGUCUUCCAGUCCAUCGUAUCAAGUUUACCGUUACAGGUUUGUAAAAAAUGACCAGCCUGGGACAGUUUUAGGUUGCGCUUACGCUAGAUGUGAUUUUUCUGGAUUCGUGACGAUUGCGAACAAUUUGGUUCCAGAUUCGUUUUGAAUGGGAACAUUGUAUUUUUGAUCCACCCUGUUAAAAUAACUCGUACAUCUUUUGUUAUCUUGUUUCUCCUUUGUCAUUUCUGUUUAUUUAGAGGCUCAUCCAAACAAAUUCACUGUUGGAAUGUUGGAGACACCUCUUAGAGUUGGAGUUCCUUUCCAGGUAUACGUUUUUGUUUCACCCCCUUCUCCACCCCGUUCGUGAGAGGAUGUAGCUCCCUUAGGGGGUGGGGGGGGGGGGGUUCUUACUAGUAAUAGGCCAAUGGGUAUGUGCCCCUGGAUGGGGUCGCAUUUCCACGACUGGGUUGACUAUAAUUGUGAAUAAUGGCUUUGCAUUUUCCGAAGAGUUACUAGAAUUGGGUCUCAGGUUUUCGGGUUUUUAGGGAAAAAAUCAUUAUAAGAAGGGGCUUAAAAAUGGGAAGUUGGGAUUGUGCAGAAAAUUAUAUUUGCCCAAAAGUGACUUAGAUGGAGUCUAUAAUGGACCACAGAGUAGCCUAUAGUUGUAAAGGGGUUCUAAGAUGCCAGCAACACAUUAUAAGCAAAAUAUUAUCCAAAUACCCCUAGCAAGAUGUCACUAGAGGAUGGUAACAAGGUUUAGCUAGUCUAGAAUAGCAAAUAUAGAAUACUAUGUUUUUCGGGUUAAGAUUCCACUGAAUUUGCUGGAUGAGUUUAACAACCCUUCAAAGUUAUCAGAGGAAAAAGCACCCGUGUUAAGUGCAAGGUGAGUGUAUUUUGAUAAUUUUUUAAUGAAACAUGGAUUAGUAACCUUGGUGUUAAAGUCAAUCCUGCCUUCAACGGAAUAACAUAUAUUGUUUAUAUUGUUAGCGGACUGGAGUUGACUCACCAGGGAACGUCAGUGAAGGGAAACAGCCUGAUCGUUAAGGGUCUGGUGGCCCUUGGUUCUGUACCAUCCCAUGCAGGAAAGGUGAGGGGUUUUUUGGAAAACAUCUUGGCCGAUUUGAUUCAAUUUCUCGUAAUAAAAUAGAGUGCGACGAUAUCAUCAGUAGCCUUCAUGAUUCAAAAUCUCAAACUUAUCUGAACAGUUUUUUUGUUUGUUUUUUUUUGUUUGUUGUUAAAGGAUUUUAAUCUAAAGAUCACCCUACCAGGACUUGAAGAAGGUUCGCAGAGCUUGAAGAUCAGGUUACUUCCAGGUACUCUUUUGACGCGAUAUGUGGGUUGAGUUUGUUGUUGCUUCUCUCCCUUGCUCCGAGAGGUUUUUCCGCCGGGUACCCGGUUUUUACCUCUCCUUAAAAAUCAACACUUUCAAAUUCUAAUUCGAUCUAGAACCCACGGACACGUUUCAUCGAGUUCUUAAGAACUCUUAAGUGCUCCUUGGGUAAUACAAAUUACAAUUUACAAUUUUUACCAGCAUGUAAAUUUUCCUUUAAAAAAAAGAGAGAGACGCUGUCUAAAAAGGAUGCGUUCCUCUGGCUUGAUCGGGAUCAGGAUCAGUAAUCUGGGAUCACUCGGGUCAUGCUACAUCAAAUGAACCAAAGAAUCUUUUUCCAGGGAUGAUUUAUCGGUUCCUUUAAUGUGCACUGAUCCUGAUCCGGCUCAUCCCAGUAGAACGCAGCUCACAAGGCAACGUGGCCGCAGGGUUUUACCGUGACGUGCACGCCCCCUUCUCACUCCAACUUUUGACUCACGUUAGCAUGACUGUUUUUGUUUACUGAAACACGUUUUGUGCUGCAGGCCCACCAGAAUCCCUUGCGGUCACACCAAAUGACAGUGAGGUCACAAUUGAAAACAACAGUGCCCUGCAGCUACAAGUGCAGGUCCAGGACAAAGCGGGAAACCUAACAGUUCAACCAAGGCUUAAUGUUGUCUGC